AAAGAUAAAAGAAUGCAAUGAAGUUGGCUGCAAUCUUUCAGUACUGCGCUCCCUUCCGGUUCGUUCUUUCGGGGAGAGUGAGUCUUGUUUAGUUUAGCUGUAAUUAAAUCUUUCUCCAUCUUCCAACAUGAAGAUUUACAAGGAUAUUUUUACUGGCGAUGAAAUGUUUUCUGACACCUACAAAAUAAAGUUGAUUGAUAAUGUUGUAUAUGAAGUAUAUGGCAAGGUAGUCACUCGUAAAUCAGGCGACAUUGAUAUUGCUGGAUUCAACCCAUCUGCUGAAGAAGCUGAUGAAGGAACGGAAGAAACGGUGGAAUCCGGUGUAGAUGUAGUUAUGAAUCAUCGGCUGCAAGAAACUUUUGCAUUUACAGACAAAAAAUCCUAUACCUUGUACUUGAAGGAUUAUAUGAAGAAAUUGGUAGCAAAAUUGGAAGAGGAAGCUCCUGAUCAAGUGGAAGUUUUCAAAACAAACACAAAUAAAGUAAUGAAAGACAUAUUAAGUCGUUUCAAAGACCUACAAUUUUUCACUGGCGAAUCUAUGGAUAUUGAUGGUAUUGUAGCAUUAAUGGAAUAUCGCGAGAUCGAUGGUGAAUCUGUGCCUGUACUCAUGUUAUUCAAGCAUGGUCUUGAAGAACAAAAGUUCUAAACAAUUUUAGGUAUUGAAGAAAUUGUGGGAAAAAAUAUUAUAAACUCAAAGAAGACUGUACACACGCUGAAAAGCUUGUGAAAUUUAGUUAAAAGGAAAACACGAUUUUACUUCCAAUCUCAUUUUAUAAUGCAGUUAAUUUAUUCGUUUCAACAACAAUCAAUGACUCGAAGUCUCACAGGAGUUAAUAAUUGUACAUAUGACUUUACUGGAGGGAAGAUAUACAAGACAUCCUUUCGAUUGUAUUAUCUGAGUCUGAUUUCCCUGUAGACUUGUAAUAUUUUCUAUCUUUUUUAUUGGUCACUUAUUAGAGAAUUUAAUUUAUGAUUCAAAAAUGGAAGAUGGGGAAAGAAGUUUGCAGCAAUGAAAAUAUCAAAACAUACGUCUAAUUAUUGUUAACACAAAAAGAAAUGUCCUUGGAUAACAAUUAAAUCUGAAACAUACUCUGUAUAAUGUCCAUCAAAUAAAAAGGUGUUUUCAUAAGUACUGCUUA